CCCACAUGUGGGAGUCGCAUGAAAUUGGACACUUUCUUCAGCGCGAAGGACGCUUGACGAUGGUUUGAGGCAAGAAUAUAUUUGCUCUGUACACAGAACACACAGAAAACUCUACGCAGGUCUAGUGUCCGUAUAGUACGACAACAAAAAACAAAACUCGUUUAACUCACGGAUCUCUGCACUGCUCUCCAGCACUGAGCGCAUCAGCUUGAACAAGAACCUGCGGCUUCAGCACCCACUUGACUCCGUGGGUUGUGAAUGGAGAAUAAGGCAAUGUAUCUGACCACCACCACUGAAGAUAGGGAUAACAGCUCAUUUUAUGACGAUGGCUACGAUGGGAUGAAUCUAUCGAAACUCAACCUAUGUGAAGAAGUAGGUUCAUCAAAGUACAGGAGAAAGACAGAUAAUUGCUGUGGUCAGCUGGAUUCCUUCACUGCAAUCAAAUAUGCCAUUGUGUCCCUUUAUAUUCUGGUACUGCUCACCAUAUUUGGCCUCUGCAUAGCAGUAUCAAAAUCCCAUGCAUCUUCACAGAGGGAGGAAGCACUGCUGGAGAAUGUGACUCGUCUGGGAGAGCACUCUGAGACCUUGCAGAAAUCUCUUAGCCAACUGCCCUCCCAAAGCGACCUUCUGGAGAACAUCUGGAAGCUCGAGAGCCUCUUCCAUAAUCAUAGCGAACAGCUGCAGCUGCUAGGGCGACUAGCGCAGGGCUUGGAGCGUGACAUCAAAGAUCUGCAGGCUUUCUCCGAGCACACCACGGACUCUGUGGCUCAACUCUGGGAGCAUCUGACCAUGAUCAGCCAUUCCAGCCAAAGGAACAGCAGCAGUCUGGGAGAGGAGUUAGCCUUUGCUGCUGGCUCUAUCCGAACACAGGAUGCAAUUUUAAAAACAGUAGUGGUAAAUGUAGAGACUCUACAGGAGCGUCUGGAGGAGGUGGGAUGGACAGUACAGACAUUAAACCAUUCAUUUAGUGGAGAUGUGAAUCUGCACCAGGUGAAAAUCUGUGAACUACAGGAGAGGAUUGGAAAUGUGUCCCAUGAUGCCACAAGCAUGAGGAUCACACAAAUACACCUUGAGGAACAGAUGAGGAAUGAGAUUGAAAUCCUGAACGUCAUCACAGCAGAUCUCAGGCUAAAGGAAUGGGAGCACUCCAUGGCACUCAAAAACUUAACUGUUUUGGAAGGACCACCAGGACCAAAGGGUGAGAAGGGUGAUGUGGGGCCCCUGGGACCAGCUGGACUUCCUGGUUUGACGGGAAUAAGAGGCUUGCCCGGAGAAAAGGGCAUUCAGGGUCCUCGGGGACUGGCAGGACGAGGUGGGCAGGAUGGACACAAUGGAGAAAAAGGAGAUAUUGGGCCUGAGGGACCCAAAGGUGUGAGAGGAGAAAGAGGACAGAAAGGAGAGAAGGGAGAGCGUGGAGACAAAGGAGGGAAAACAGUUGAAGAAACUCUGGUAAGGCUGGUCAACGGCUCCGGGCCUCAUGAGGGUCGAGUGGAAGUGUUCCAUGAGCUUCGAUGGGGGACAGUGUGCGAUGACGUUUGGGACAUAAAAGAUGGAGACGUUGUGUGCAGGAUGCUGGGGUACCGUGGUGCUGAAGCAAUCCACAAAACAGGCCGGUUUGGACAAGGCACUGGGUUAAUCUGGAUGGAUGACGUUGCUUGUGUUGGUACUGAAGACUCUAUUCACCAGUGUAAGUUCUCAGGAUGGGGGAAAACCAACUGUGGUCACGUAGAAGAUGCAGGAGUGACCUGUAACAUAUAGCCUGUUUUAAGUCUGUAGAAUGGACAAUUAACCUCUAAGUGUGGAUGAUUUACUCCAAGAUCUGAGGAAGCAGUAUUGUGUCCCUUUACACAGCUGAAGAAUUAUGAACUUGACUGUGGGAGAGUAAAAGACCCUGGAGAUCAGACACAGGGUCAACAUACCAGCAAUGAACUAGUACCCAAAUGCUCCAGCCAUAUCCAUCAGACAGGGAUAAAAAAAAAUAUCCCACAUUUAAUAGGAAAGUGUGUAUGUAUGUAUGUGUAUGUGCUCUACGCUGCUGCUUGGAGUGUUUGUGCGUGUCUGUAAAAAAUGUUUUUUAAUGAAAGCCCAGCUGCAGUUUACAUUGUGUACAGAUAGAUGCAUUUAACAUUCCAAAGAGUUUUAUGAACAUUUUUAAUGCUAGUAUAUUUUUAUAACAUUUAACACAUUAAGGAUUUUAAAGGCUUGUGUAGUUGCAAAUGUGCCUUUAAACUAGAACUUUGACCAUGACAUGUCAUGACAUGGUCAGCAAUUGUAUACCUCAGUUAAUGGUGAGUACCAAUUACAGUCUGUAUUCAUUGUUGAGUAGCUUCAUUAUAACACUAAACUAUCAGUAUUGGUUAUCUUGAUUGUACAACAAUAAAUUAUUUACCUGUUUUUGUGCUGAAUUAUCCAGUGUGAAUAAUGAAAGUGAUACAACAAAAUAAAAUACAUAUUAUAAAUUUUAAAAA